CAAAAUCUACAAUAUUAUAUUAUGCCUAUUUCGAAAAACUUAUUGAUCCCUCAUCAAUUGUCAAUGUGAAUUAAAAAAUUAUUCCAAAAGUAGUGUUGCUCACUCUCUCUCUCUUUGGUGUCCCCCUCUUCUGGUGGAAAAUAUCCCAAAUGAAAGAAGCACGACCACAACCACCGAUCCUUCGACAGAAGAAGAACCAUCUCCCAGAUGACAUCGUGUUGGACAUCCUAGCAAGGCUACCCGUGAAAUCACUCCUAAGAUUCAGGUGUGUUCACAAAUCCUGGUACUUUCGCAUUACCAGCCCUAAUUUCAUUUCCACCCACCUUAAUAUGUUUUUGCGCCACAAUCAAGGUUAUGUCAUACACAUGCCAACAAUUAAUCUUGACAAUCAAGACUUGAAGGUCGCUUGUGACCGCACGUUUGAUGGUAUUUCUGAGUUUAAAAUUCCCUUUAGUUUUCAAUCUGGGCUUGCCUUUUUAGUUGGUUCAUGCAAUGGACUAUUGUGUUUCAGUGAUUUUAGGCUGCAAAACUCCCUAAUUAAUAAUGCAUUCUUUGGGUUUAAUGAUGUAUACUUGUGGAACCCCAGCAUUAGAAAAUUUAAGAAGUUGCCUGAUACUUGCUUGAGCCAAUUACAUCUUGCUAAACUUGGAUUUGCUCACCAUUCUCAAAAAAAUGAUUACAAGGUUGUGAGGAUCUCAAGGCCUUUUACUGAACCUAUGCCUCCCCCUGAGGCUGAGGUGUAUACAUUAAGUUCGGAUUCAUGGAAAAGAGUUGGAAUCUCAUGGAGACCCAAUGUUGUUUUCUACAAAUUUAGUUGUGUUAAGCCAUUCCCAUUUGUUAGUGGACAUUUGCAUUGGAUGUUGGAUAUGAUAGAAGAGGCAGGAGGGCAAGAGAUGCACUGUAUUGAAAUGAUAUUGUCAUUUGAUGUCAAUAGUGAGAAAUUCAAAGAGUUACCUCUGCCUAAUGAUCACUCUUUCAAAGAUGGGAAAAAUCUUACGUCAAUCAAGGAAAAACUAGCUUUAGCAAAAUUUGAACAGCAACCACAUGGCAUGCUAUGUUGCAUAUGGGUGAUGAGGGAGUAUGGUGUGUCUGAAUCGUGGAAUAAACUUUGUGUUGUACCAGUUGUAACUCAUACUUGUUUCAUUGGUUUCACCAAGUAUGGAUCACUUUUAAUCCAAAAGAAGACCCAAGAAAUCUGCAGCUUGGAAGAUAAGUAUGUUUUAAUAGACCCUGAAACUCUACAUGAGAAGGAGACUAGUAUUCAAGCAAUACAUCCUUUAGUUAUAGCUACUUACAUGGAGAACCUUGCUUUACUUGAUGGUGCAAAUGUGAUAUCUUACUGAGAAUUCAUUGAUGGUAUGAAUGAAGUGAAACCCUUGUAGUGCUUUUAAUUGUCCUUUUAUGGCAUUUGAUAUUUCCAUUUGACAUUUAUAUUAUCAUUUUUCUGCUAAAAUAUAAACAACAGAUUAAGGAAAUGGCAGAAGAGAUUGAAAGAUAAUAGUUCAUCAAAAAAGAUUGAAAGAUAAUAAAAAGAAGCUCUAAAACUAUGGAGGUUGAAAAAGGAGUAGCCAAUUACUUAUUUAGUGUGUGUAUUAAAAUUCCAGGGUCAUCUUCUUAAUUCCUCAGUUCAAGCUAUAUGGUCUUUGUUGGCUUCUACAGCACAUCUAAUUAUAAUGUUAUGUAUUGUCAGUUUAUGUGAAUCAACAACUACGUUCAGCUGCUUAACAUUA